AUGCGCGACGAGGACCGCAAGCCUGCUCUCGCGUCUGGCCGUGUCGAGGCGGUGGAGGAUCGAGGGACGGACGACGGGUCGGACGAGGGCGUCGACGCUGCCGUGAUCGUCGUGGGUGCCGGCGCCGCCGGGAUCGGCUUCGCCAUCACGCUCACCAAGACCUUCGGCCUCGACCCCUCCCGCGUCCUGCUGGUCGAGAAAGGCGACGGCGUCGGCACCUCCUUUCGGCAGUGGCCGGAGGAGAUGCGCUUCAUCUCGCCCUCUUUCAACUCGGAGGGGUGGACCAACUCGUUUGACCUCAACUCGGUGGCGCACGGCUCCUCGCCCGCCUACGAGCUCCACGCCCAGCACCCGUCGGGCUCGCAGUGCGCCCGACCCGCGGCCCUCUCUCGGCCGGCUGCUGCUGGCGGCUCCCUCAGCCCCACCCUCCCCUAUCCCACGGUACCCGAACCCACCCUCCCCUACCCCACGGAGACGCUGCGGUCGCGGUAUAUCGUCUGGGCGGCGGGCGAGCUCGAGUACCGCGCGAGAGGCGGACCUGUCGAGGACACGUCCCUCUGCCUGCACAAUUCGCGGGUGAGCUCGUGGGCGAGCUUGGACGGCGACGAGCGGGUGGUCAUCGGCGGGUACGAGAGCGGCGUGGACGCGGCCGUCAACCUCGCAAAGGCGGGCAAGCAGGCGACCGUCCUCGCCUCGACCGCCACGUGGAACGUGCAGACGGUGGACCCGUCCUCCGAGCUGGCGCAGUACACCGCCGGCCGACUGCGCGAGGUGGUGGCGUGGCACGCGAGCCUCCUCCCUGAGCCUUGCCGGAGCCUUGCUCCAGGCGCCGAGGGGAGCGAGGUUGUGGUGCACACGGCUCAGCCGCCCGUGCUCUGCACCGGCUUCGAGGGUUCCGUCGCGUCGGCGAAGGGGUGCCUCUGCGGCGCUGCGAUGCUGACGGAUGACGACGAGUCGACGGCGGUCCCCGGCGUCUUCCUUGUCGGUCCGUCGGUGAGCCACGGCGACCUCUCUUUCUGCUUCGUCUACAAGUUCCGCCAGCGCUUUGGCAUCGUCGCCGACAAGAUCUGCCGCGGGCUUGGCCGUGACACGGCGGCGGCGGUCGCAGAGUGCCGGAAGACAAACAUGUACCUCGACGACCUGUCGUGCUGCGUGGGCUCGUGCGGCACCUGCUGA